AUGUGGUUUCUUAGGACAGAUCGUGCCGAGCUUGUCUACCGCCCCAGUACCGAAGGCAUCGUCUACGCCAUCCUCUCCCACGUCUGGGGUCCGUCCGAGCAGUCCUUUCAGGACAUCCGGGAACUCCACCAACGUCUCGCCUCCUCACCGGAAAACCCGCGGUCUCACGCGUGCGAGAAGAUCCGGAACUUCUGUGCCUAUGCAGAAGCAGCAGGUUACGACCUGGCAUGGGCGGAUACAUGCUGCAUCGACAAGACCAGCAGCGCCGAGCUGUCCGAAGCCAUCAAUUCGAUGUAUACCUGGUAUGCGGACGCGGACGUUUGCUAUGCCUUCCUUGCGGACGUUCCCGACCACGACGACCCUGAGCUGCCUGACUCCGCGUUCAGGCGGAGCAAAUGGUUCACCAGGGGUUGGACGCUGCAGGAGCUGAUAGCGCCUCUGGACGUCGUCUUUCUCUCGGUCAGCUGGAAGCCGUUGUGCAGCAAGUCCGCAUCUUCUGGCCUGAUUCAACGAGUGACCGGGAUCGACAUUGAUGUUCUCUUGUCGCUUGUACAGCUGCCUUCAGUCCCCGCCGCCAGACGGCUUUCGUGGGCUGCGGACAGGGAGACGACGAGAAUCGAAGACGAGGCAUACUCGCUCAUGGGGAUCUUUGGCGUCAACAUUCCUAUCGUGUACGGUGAGGGCCGACGUGCGUUCACUCGGUUGCAAGAAGAAAUCAUGAAGCAGUCCCCUGAUCAUACAAUCUUUGUAUGGGGUCUCAGUCACUCUGUCUCCAUCGACGACCUCCUGGCUCAUGCCCCAUGGACGAACUACCCACGCCGAGCCGUGCACAGCGAGACGGAUCCUACUCAGCAGGUACUCUUCGCACCGAGUCCGCGUGCAUUCUUGGGUUCAUCUAAUGUGCAACGCGUAUCGAUCCGGCGGCUGGCCAUCACCGCCGAAAUUGGCCUCGCCGCCAUGAAUAACAUACAACCAGAACCAUCCACCCUGAACAACGCGCUACGGCCUCCUCACGUGGUUCCCGAGUUCACGGUCACUAGUUACGGCGUUCGCGCGCGCCUUCCUAUCAUUCAAUUCUGCGACGACGACUCUUCAAUCGCCGUCGCGGUACUCGCCUGCCAGGGUCCAGAAGGCAGCAUCGUCGGUCUCCUCCUGCACCAACAAGACCAUCCAGAUGACAUCCCGCUCUACCGCAUCGGCGUGCACUGCAUCUACCACGACAUCGGCCGCCCCUACCCUCUCUACGGCUCCGCACGCUACGUCCGCAUCCACCUCAGCUCGCGCUCUCCGCCAGCAGCUCCUGAUCGGACCCCUUUAUUCACCCUCCGCUGGCGCGAAGUCUUCCUCGUCUAUCACACGCACUCGUUCGGCUUCGCACCCCUCCGCGGCCUCUCCACAUCUGUGACCGCGCGGCCGUUGCUUGCCCCGUGCCGCCUCCUCUUCCCACAAUGGAUGCUCGCACGGCUCGCGCGGGUCGGUUUCACCCCAAACCGCCCGCUGAGCGACACGAGCGCCUUGAAAGCAGGGAUGGUCAGCAUGACGACCGAGGGCGAGUUCGAGGCCAUCUUCACGCACGCGCAGACGCAGCACGCGUUCAGCAGGACUCUCAGUCUAGUGGGAAGAUCACUGACUGUAUUAGGACUAUACCUGUACAGAGGACUCUAA